UGAUAAACCGAUUUCACAAGCCGUUUCCUAAUUAGGUAAAGGCUCAUUAUCUCCAACCGGGUUAAACUUCUACCUUUUUCACGGGUAUUCUGACCUACUGAAUAUCUACGGCUUUCUUAACACAACCUACCAAAAUUCUUCAAUAUUCUCUAAUUUCAAGAUGCUGGCAAGAAACUCCGUCAGGUCGGCGCAAGUAUGUGAAUUUGUUAAAGAAUUCUAAUUCUAAUUCUCAAUCGCAUAUUCUUAGUUCCAAAUCAUUUCUGUGUCUAUGUCUGUCACAAGCUAAUAUCAACUUCUUAUCAGAGUCUUUUGCGAACCGCUCACGUCGCUCCCACUAGAACUUUCGCAACUGUUCAAUCCGACAUUUUCAAGCCUACAAAGUAUGGUGGAAAAUAUACUGUUACUUUAAUUCCUGGUGAUGGUAUUGGAGCCGAGGUUGCCGAGUCCGUAAAGACAAUCUUCAAAGCAGACAAUGUGCCAGUCGAGUGGGAACAGGUUGAUGUGUCUGGUGUUGAGACAGGAGACAAACACUCCGAGGAUCUUUUCCGGGAGUCAAUAGCAUCCUUGAAGAGAAAUAAGCUUGGUCUUAAGGGUAUCUUGCACACUCCUGUCGAGAGAUCCGGUCACCAAUCUUUCAACGUCGCACUUCGACAAGAACUAGAUAUUUACGCAUCCAUCGUCCUCAUCAAGAAUAUUCCAGGUUACAAGACUCGCCACGAGAAUGUCGAUCUCUGCAUUAUUCGUGAGAACACUGAGGGAGAAUACUCUGGAUUGGAACAUCAGUCGGUUCCAGGUGUUGUUGAAUCUCUCAAGAUCAUUACCCGCGCCAAGUCUGAGAGAAUUGCGAAAUUCGCAUUCAGCUUUGCUCUUGCCAACAACCGCAAAAAGGUCACCUGUAUCCACAAGGCCAACAUCAUGAAGCUUGCCGAUGGUCUUUUCCGUAAAACCUUCAACGAUGUUGCUAAGGACUACCCCACUUUGGAGACCAACGAUAUGAUUGUCGACAAUGCAUCUAUGCAAUGUGUAUCCCGACCACAACAAUUCGAUGUUAUGGUUAUGCCUAACUUGUACGGAGGAAUUUUGUCCAACGUUGGUGCUGCUUUGGUCGGUGGUCCAGGUCUUGUUCCUGGAUGCAACAUGGGACGUGAGGUUGCUGUGUUCGAACCUGGUUGCCGUCACGUUGGUUUGGAUAUCAAGGGCAAGGACCAAGCUAACCCAACUGCUAUGCUCCUCUCUGGUUCCAUGCUUUUGAGACAUCUUGGUCUUGAUGACCAUGCUAACCGAAUUUCCAAGGCUGUCUACGAUGUUAUUGCUGAAGGGUAAGAGAAACCGAAAUCCAUGAGUCACAAGUCUACUUAAACUAAUAUUUCUAUAGAGCCGUAAGAACCCGUGAUAUGGGCGGAAACAGCUCAACUAAUCAAUUCACCCGUGCUGUUUUGGAUAAGAUGGAGUUGGCUGCAUAAAUUGGUGGAUAGACUGUAAAAAGGAUACCCUAGAUAUGGAUGGAGGUGUAGAUUAACGGGUUGAAGUGCAUACAAAAUAUUAUAUCAACAAUUAUACUUUGACUUUGAGGUGAUUCCUUGACGUUUUUAUUGGGU